AAGAUUUACACCGCUAAGCUGAGACAGACAGAGAGAGAGAGAGGGAGAGAGAAAAAAAGAGUAGUUUCCAGGUGGAGUGACAUGCCUUCGCACCGAUUCGGCUUUUUAUUUUACGCGGAAACGCCGCAUGCCGGAGAAUAAAUAAAUAAUUUAAAAAGUCCGGCUUGUAGUGUAAUCGGGCGAAGUGGAAGGGAGGCGGUGGGUAGCGGCGGCGGCUCUCGCUUAACAUCAGUUUGGGCUGGGAGGAGGUUGCUGCUGUUCGCCUUUCACCGUUCGGAAGAGGUCUAACUCCCAGGGGCAUGGCGUCCGAUUUGUGAACCCACAUUAACCUCUCGGCUGCUUUCAAUGACCGUUUCAGCCAGAGGCUGGAAGAGGGGACACGUGUACAGAGCAGCUUUAGGUGGAGAGGCAAAGGUUUUACAAUGGGGAGUAGUAAGAGCAAGCUGAAAGAUACUUCCCUGAAGCCAAAGGCUGGAGACAACAGCAUUUCAUCCAGCACACAGAAUCUGCGCUUUGGACUUGAUCCAACACAAGAUUCGCAGACAACUCCUGCGAAAGCUUCAGGUCUGGAUAAGAACAGCUCCAAUGUUACGCCAUUUGGAGGAACCACGGAAUCAACGCUAUUUGGUGGGGUUAUUUCGUCAAAUGCAUCUUCGCCAUCACAACGGACAGGCCAACUGGCAGGUGGCGUCACCACAUUUGUGGCACUCUAUGAUUAUGAGUCCAGAACAGAAAGUGACCUAUCCUUUAAUAAAGGGGAGCGACUACAGAUUGUUAACAACACGGAAGGAGAUUGGUGGUUAGCCCGUUCCCUCGCUACAGGAAACACUGGAUAUAUCCCCAGCAAUUAUGUUGCACCUUCUGACUCCAUUCAGGCUGAAGAGUGGUAUUUUGGGAAGAUUACACGAAGAGAAUCGGAGCGAAUGCUACUAAGUCCUGAAAACCCUCGAGGUACCUUUUUGGUCAGGGAGAGUGAGACCACAAAAGGUGCUUAUUGCCUCUCUGUGUCUGAUUAUGAUAAUGCAAAAGGACUGAACGUGAAGCACUACAAAAUUCGUAAACUGGAUAAAGGUGGCUUCUACAUAACCUCACGAACACAGUUUGAAAACCUGCAGCAGCUGGUACUCCAUUAUUCAAAGCAUGCUGAUGGCUUGUGUCAUCGGUUGACAACUGUUUGUCCGACUGUAAGACCACAGACCCAGGGAUUAGCUAAAGAUGCUUGGGAGAUCCCACGGGAAUCCUUGAGAUUGGAAGUGAAGCUCGGACAGGGUUGCUUCGGAGAAGUGUGGAUGGGAACUUGGAAUGGAACAACAAAAGUAGCGAUUAAGACUUUAAAACCUGGUACGAUGUCUCCAGAGGCUUUCCUGCAGGAGGCCCAGAUCAUGAAAAAGCUACGGCACGACAAACUGGUACAGCUGUAUGCAGUCGUCUCCGAAGAGCCAAUCUACAUUGUUACCGAGUAUAUGAGCAAAGGAAGUUUAUUGGAUUUCCUUAAAGGCGAGAUGGGAAAAUAUUUGAGGCUUCCACAGCUGGUUGAUAUGGCUGCUCAGAUCGCAGCUGGCAUGGCGUAUGUAGAAAGGAUGAAUUAUGUUCACAGAGAUUUACGAGCAGCUAACAUUCUAGUGGGUGAAAGCCUCGUGUGUAAGGUUGCUGACUUUGGCCUGGCUCGAUUGAUUGAAGACAAUGAAUACACAGCCCGGCAAGGUGCCAAAUUCCCAAUCAAAUGGACAGCUCCUGAAGCUGCACUGUAUGGGCGUUUUACCAUAAAAUCAGAUGUGUGGUCAUUUGGAAUUCUAAUGACCGAACUAGCUACAAAGGGAAGAGUGCCAUAUCCAGGAAUGGUAAAUCGGGAGGUGUUGGAUCAGGUGGAACGUGGUUAUCGAAUGCCCUGCCCGCCUGAAUGUCCCGACUCUCUUCAUGAUCUCAUGCUUCAGUGUUGGAAGAAGGAGCCAGAAGAAAGGCCGACCUUUGAGUAUUUACAGUCCUUCCUAGAAGAUUACUUUACUUCCACGGAACCUCAGUAUCAGCCUGGAGAAAACCUAUAGGCCCAGCCAAUACAUGCAACACCAGAGACAUUGUGCAGCUAUAGAAUGCAGAAAUUCACUAAGCCUAGCUGCACCCAGCCCUUAAAUCUGCUUAAUAACUGGAAUUCCUGUACACUGUGCACUAACUCAUUUCUGCAUAUUGUUUCACAGAUUGUAUAGCUAAUGUUGUUGAUGAGGCACUCUAGGUAUUUAAUUUGCAUUUCACCCACCUUUUGAUUGGUAAGAUUCUGAUUAAAGAAGUAAUGAAGAGUUUCCUGGUGCAAGCAAAGCAAAGCCAAAACAAGGAAUUCUGUCUCCGUAAUUACUCUUCAAUUGUGUCCAGAGUUUAUUGACUGUCCCCUCUGUACUUUAACAGCAAAAACCAAGUCAAGAACAAUGCAAGUCUUACUUUCCAGAAGUUAUUUUUUUAAAAGUUAGGCUUGUAGUUAGAGGAAAUAUAAUAACCCUACCUAGGAUUAAAACAAACCCGAAUUAUAUCUUCUGCAUGUGGUGCUAGGUUAGUUCAUCUAGAAAAAAAAACAUAUUUAUCUACAAUUUACUUAACUGGAAAUUGCAACUGCAUUCAGAUAUUUUGCACAUUUCCGCUUCAUUAAUUUGUGGUACAACUUGCCAUUGUUACCAUCCGAUAUUAUUUAUAUUUUAAUCCAUUUUAUAUGAAUCACGGAAAAUUGAUUCUUAUCAAUAUGGUGGUAAAACCUGAACCGUUUCAGUGUUUUGUGUCUCCCCUAAUGUGUAUAUAAUGUUUUGUUUUGAUGAGAGGAACUGAAACACUGGUUAAGUUGCCAUCUUUUAUGACUUGAUAUAGCAAUAAUGUGAACAAGCAAGAGAAAAUUGUUGUGUUUCUUGAGAAAAAAGUGGGUUGGUUAGUUUACUCCUGUUAGUAUUACUCCUGUUGGUUAAUAGAUGGUAAAAUUUUACAACAUUAAGAUGUACAUCACAGUUUCACUUUUGUAGUCUUUCACUCAGCUCAUUGCAUUUAGUUGCCCUCAAGACUUCCCUCUGGUGGUCAUCCUGAAUAUAAAUAAAUUGUUGUUUUCCAGGCAGAAUUACUGAGGUGCCAAACUUCUUCUUAUCCUUGAUACAUAAUUGAUGUCACUAUACAUGAGAUAAUUACAGAGAAUUAUAAGAUAUUCUUUUUACAGAUAAACAAUCCAGCUUCCAAUAAUUAUCUUGCUUAUUUUAAAGACAAGUUUUGACCAUUGGAAUUUCAUUGUGUGAAUGUUCAAGUAUGUGUUUGUAUGAAAUUCCUUUGUUUGUACCACAUGUCUGUGGUUAAAUAGAGAUAUUAACCACUCUAUUUAAAACCAGUUAAAACUGUUGGAAAAGGAAUUUUGUAUAAAUCAAUUAAUUAGUCAACACUAAUAUUUACACAAUGGAAUUUCACAGCUUUACAUUUUAAGAUGUUAAAUCUUUCCACAGGCUCAAUGUUGCACAUUAUACUAGAAUUGUACAUUAGGGCCCCCCCCCCCCCCCCCCCCCCCCCCCC